AUGAAGUUCAACUCGGUUGCCUUUACCCUGGCGACCGCGGGCUCACUCGUGGCUGCCCAGCACAAUCACAAUCACCAUCACCACAGGCGUGCGCCUGAUGGCACCAAUUCCGCCGCCGAACCUGGCGCUACCGCCUAUGCCUACGUUCUGAACGGCGAGGCCGUCUCCCAGGAUAUCGUCUGCAAGGGCAUUGCCGAUGGCACCUUGGCUUUCGCCGAAGGUGCUGUUCCGGCCGGCGUCUGCCAGGAAGCCAGCUCUUCAUCUGCCUCUGUCGCCGCGCCUUCCACUUCGGCUCCCGCUCAAACCUCCUCUUCUGCCAGCCCCGCUGGCUUUUUCGAGGCCUCCUUCAGCUUCUCCAGCUCUAUCGCUGCUUCUUCCACUCUUUCCGUAUCGGUUCCUUCGGCGAGCGCCACUAGCUCUUCCUCUUCCAGCGGCGCCAAGGGUCUGGACGCGGACUUCCCCGAUGGUGAAAUUGACUGCGACACUUUCCCAUCCGAUUACGGCGCCGUUCCUCUCGAAUACCUUGGGUUGCAGGGUUGGUCUGGUAUCCAGUAUGUCAGCAUCAUCGGUGAGCUUGUCUCCGACAUCGUCACUGCUAUCACUGGUGACAAGUGCACGGAUGGUGCUAUGUGCUCCUACGCUUGCCCUGCCGGCUAUCAGAAGUCUCAGUGGCCUUCUACCCAGGGCGCUACCGGCCAGUCUGUUGGAGGUCUUCAGUGCAGGGGCGGCAAGCUGUACCUCACAAACCCUAGCUUUUCUAAGAAGCUUUGCGUUCCUGGCGUUGGUGGUGUCAAUGUAAAGAACACCCUUGGUGACAGCGUCGCUGUUUGCCGCACCGACUACCCUGGCACCGAAUCCGAGACAAUCCCUCUUAACGCCGUCAAUGGAGAAGUCAUUCCCCUGACCUGCCCAGACGGUGAGACCUACUUCAAGUGGCAGGGCAAGACCACCUCCGCUCAGUACUACGUCAACCCCAAGGGUUACUCCACCGAGGAGGCCUGCCAGUGGGGCACCUCCGGCAUCCCCAUCGGCAACUGGGCUCCUCUCAACCUUGGCGUUGGCCAGAACAAUGGCAAGUGGCUUUCGCUGUUCCAGAACAGCCCCACCACCCAGGUCAAGCUGGAUUUCAACGUCAAGAUUGAGGGUGACGAUCUCAGCGGAAGCUGCAAGUACGAGAACGGUGUUUUCAUCGACGAAGCCGGAAGCAAUGAGUCUGGUUGCACUGUCGAAGUCCUUUCCGGCAGCGCCACCUAUGUUUUCUACUAG